AUGAUAUAUCCUGUUUAUAUCCAGGAAUGUUAUAUUAAUGUUCAUACAGAUGAUAAUUGUUAUCCAAAUAAUGGCGAUAGAUAUGAUAACAAAUGUGAUAUUUGGUCAAAUUGUAAACUUCCACCUGGAAAAACAUGUGAUUUGAUUGUUGAUAAACAUAACAAUAUAACUUGUAAAGAAUUAAAGUGUUUAAAGGCAUUGGAUGUAGGAGAACCAUGCAAUGCUAAUACCGAUAAAUGUCUACCUGGUUUAUAUUGUAAAGAUGCAACUUGUAGAUAUUUUAAAUCUAGAUUAUUAGGAUCAUCAUGUGUUAAUGAUACUGAAUGUGUUGGUGAAACAACUGUUUGUCUUGAUGGAAUCUGUCAAAAUGUCAACAAUAGAUGUAAUGUCAGUAUGGAUUGCCAAUAUGGACAAUUUUGUUCGAAUUAUACCGCCGAAGCAAUGGGAACAUGCAAAUCUAGAAUCAGUGAAGGUCCCUGUAGUGAACAAGAUGAAUGUCAAUAUCCAAAAGUAUGUGGUUUUGGUGAUAACUUGGAUAAAGUUUGUGUAGAUAGAUAUUCAAAAGGAAUCAACAAGCAUUGUUUAAAUCUUUUUGAAUGUUCUCCAGAAUAUUAUUGUCAAAAUGGAACAUGUCAAACAUUAGUAUUAUCUACAAAGCAAUGUAAAAGUAGUUGUGAUUGUGAAGUUAAUGAACAGUGUGGAUUUGACCUUACUCGCGAUAAAACUGUUUGUUGGACUAAAAGUCAAAUAUUACAAAGAAAAAUAUGUGUUCAAUGUAACAAAGAAUUGAUGAAAUGUGCAGAGAAAAAUAUGUGUGUUUAUGAAGAUGAUUUGGAAAUAACAAUGAAUGACUGUUUGUAUCAAUAUUGCUUGGAUGCUUACAAGAAAUAUACAGAUCAAUGUAUACCAUAUUCAGGAGGUCGAUCCAUCACUGGAUAUUCCAAUAACCUAUUUAUAGCAACUAUUAUAGCUUUGAUUAUUUAUCUAAUAAUAUAA